AUGAUAGAGCAGCCGCCGGUUAGCUCGCGAUCUCGCUACGCCUUCUUCUCCGUGACGGUGCUUCUCGCGGUGCUGCUCGUCAUCGUCUCGCAUAGCCGAACAGCAGACUCCGGGGCAGCUCUGAAGACGCUGGGCGCCGACUCGGAUGAGUCGGCGCUGGGCAGCAUCGCACUCUUGGGAAGCCGCCUAGAAUCCUUCAAUCAGUGCAUGGCUCUUCGAAACUCCUACUUCCUAAAGCUAGCCAUCAACGAGUUUUUCGCGACGACGCUUUGGAGCGAUAUUGACCCCGAGACGCCGGAUGCCUCCAUGGAUCGCGACCCGUUUCCCGAGCCGACCGAGCUGAGCGGGCCUCCGUUGGGAUCCGGUUGUUUGCUCGCGUGUGCAGAGAAUCUGGGCGGAGAAUUGCGCACGAACUGGCCGCAAGCCCUGUGGAGCCUCGGCGGCUGGCUGGGGGCAGCGAAUGAGACGACCAACUGGCUGGGCUCGGCGCUGGGCGGCUCUAGCUGCGGGGAGGUGCAUACUAUUCACGACCUCGGCGGCUCGAUUAAUGGCGUCCAAGGACUCGAACUGGUCGACCUCGACGUAAGUCCGGGGCAUUCAUGUCACCCCGCUGCGACGGCCUUCAAUGUCAUGGGCCGCCUCACGCUCGCCGUCGGGGCGGGGGCGCCCGAUUUCGGCUCAGCGCUGGGAAGUGCGAUUGACGAGGCUCUCCUGAGCCGGCGGAAGCGGCGAGGCGAAGGUAAGCUGGAGAUUCGUUCCGCUGUGGCUUCUCACUCCGUCUGCAAGAUUGGAGGCGAUGCGCGGCCCAACGCCUCGUUGGAGGUGGGUCCUCUAACGCUGGGCGCGUGGCUAUACAACGUCACCCUCUCCUCGAGUUUCGCCAUGUCCAUCGCGGCAUGCUCUGUGACGAGCAUCAAGGUCAGCGAUGUUGAUGUGGGCUGGGAGGCGGCGUCGGUAGGGCACCGCGCAGGUCGGGACAUCCGCGGAGACGCCCCGUUUUCGUCCGUGCGGCUUGGGGCAUACGGCGGCGGCUUGGGGCGUGUGUUCGACGACGACGACGAUGAAAGCACCGAUGACAAUGUCCGGGAGGCCGACUUGUGGGCGUCGGUGCAGAGCUUUGACCCGGGCGCUGCCAUGCGCACUCUCGAUGGGCUAUACAUGCGGCCGCAGAUCUCGGCGAGCUUGCAGUCGGCACUGAACCGGAUCCUUUCCGAUAGCCUCCCCCAGCAGCUCUGCGACCGUGGGUCAGCCGAGGGCAUGGGCGAGUAUGCCAACAAGCUCGCCACGUCGUCUUCGGCCGCGGGCGCUGGACUCAAGGCAGGGUUCGGAAGCCGCUUCACGCGCCUAUCAAAGGCGGGCGCCGAGCUUCGAGGCGCAGCCAGCACAGGCUGGCAGCAGAAUCAGCAGAAUGUUGCAGAGGGAUGGGCAGACGUCCGCAGGGUGGCCUCGUACACGAGCUUCCUCGAGCACGUGCAGCUGUUCAAGCAGCUCUCGAAGAUGCAGCGGGACAGGCUGGUCGGGUCGCUCGAAGAGGUUGUGUACCAGCCCGGUGAGGACAUCAUCACCGAGGGCGAGGUCGGCACCCACUUCUACCUCAUCGUCGAGGGCCAGGUCUCCGUGACGAAAGCAGGGCAGGAGGGCGUGCUCGCGCGUCGCUCGACGGGCGACUACUUUGGAGAGCGCGCGCUAAGGACGGGCGAGAAGACGACGGCGACGGUGAGCGCGACAGGCGCUACGCCUGUUAGGCUCGUGCGGCUAGACCGGUGGGCCUAUGAGCAUAUGCUCAGCCCGGUCGACGAUCUGCUCCCACUGCGCAAGUACUCGUCUCCACCGACAGCCCCGCCGCUCGCUGCACUGCCCACCAAAGUUUGGUGGAGUAAUUGA